GUCCUGAGGAACCACUGGGAGUCUGUUCUGGGGAACCACUGGGAGUCUGUUCUGGGGACCACUGGGAGUCUGUCCCGAGGAACCACUGGGAGUCUGUCCUGAGGAACCACUGGGAGUCUGGACUGAGGAACCACUGGGAGUCUGGACUGUAUCAUGUUAUCUCCUCUCUCAUACUGACUCUAGUCUGUUCUGAGGAACCACUGGGAGUCUGUCCUGAGGAACCACUGGGACACUGUCCUGGGGAACCCCUGGGAGUCUGUUCUGAGGAACCACUGGGACACUGUCCUGGGGAACCACUGGGAGUCUGUCCUGAGGAACCACUGGGAGUCUGUCCUGGGGAACCACUGGGACACUGUCCUCGGGAACCACUGGGAGUCUGUCCUGGGGAACCACUGGGAGUCUGUCCUGAGGAACCACUGGUAGUCUGUCCUGAGGAACCACUGGGAGUCUGGACUGAGGAACCACUGGGAGUCUGUCCUGAGGAACCUAUGGGAGUCUGGACUGAGGAACCACUGGGAGUCUGGACUGGGGAACCACUGGGAGUCUGUCCUGAGGAACCUCUGGGAGUCUGUCCUGGGGAACCACUGGGAGUCUGUCCUGGGGAACCACUGGGAGUCUGGACUGAGGAACCACUGGGAGUCUGUCCUGGGGAACCACUGGGAGUCUGUCCUGGGGAACCACUGGGAGUCUGUCCUUGGGGAACCACUGGGAGUCUGUCCUUGGGGAACCACUGGGAGUCUGGACUGGGGAACCACUGGGAGUCUGUCCUGAGGAACCUCUGGGACACUGUCCUGGGGAACCACUGGGAGUCUGUCCUGAGGAACCACUGGGAGUCUGGACUGAGGAACCACAGGGAGUCUGUCCCGAGGAACCUCCGGGACACUGUCCUGGGGAACCACUGGGAGUCUGUCCUGAGGAACCAUCUCCUCUCUCAUUCUGACUCUAGUCUGUCCUGAGGAACCACCGGGAGUCUGUCCUGAGGAACCAUCUCCUCUCUCAUUCUGUCUCUAGUCUGUCCUGAGGAACCACUGGGAGUCUGGACUGGGGAACCACUGGGAGUCUGUCCUGAGGAACCAUCUCCUCUCUCAUUCUGUCUCUAGUCUGUCCUGAGGAACCACUGGGAGUCUGUCCUGAGGAACCAUCUCCUCUCUCAUUCUGUCUCUAGUCUGUCCUGAGGAACCACUGGGAGUCUGUCCUGAGGAACCAUCUCCUCUCUCAUUCUGUCUCUAGUCUGUCCUGAGGAACCACUGGGAGUCUGUCCUGAGGAACCAUCUCCUCUCUCAUUCUGUCUCUAGUCUGUCCUGAGGAACCACUGGGAGUCUGUCCUGAGGAACCAUCUCCUCUCUCAUUCUGACUCUAGUCUGUCCUGAGGAACCACUGGGAGGCUGGGCUGAGUUGUUAUCUCCUCUCUCAUACUACACAGAAUUGAGCACACUUGAAUAAUGCAACAUGUAGAAAUUUUGCAAUAGUUAAUUUCUGUUCACCAGAAGACUUUACAAUGCAAGAACAGAAGAUACAGAAGAUAAGCUUCCAGCUUCCUAGGCUAACUUUCCUUGCUAGCUUCCAGCUUCCUAGGCUAACUUUCCUUGCUAGCUUCCAGCUUCCUAGGCUAACUUUCCUUGCUAGCUUCCAGCUUCCUAGGCUAACUUUCCUUGCUAGCUUCCAGCUUCCUAGGCUAACUUUCCUUGCUAGCUUGCAGCUGAAGCUAACAUCAAUUCACUACCCUAGUACUUUGUUUGUAAUAAUAUGCAGAACCAUAACGCAAAGUAUGCUGAUUUCAAAGUUGCUGAUUGUCACUUAAAAACUAUAGUCGUUGCCCAAUUAUUUUUUUAAUUCAUUCACUACCUCGCCCUUGCCUCAGUCACAUCUCUCCUCUCUUUCUCGCUGUGUGCAUUACAUCAUUGGGUAUUAAAGAGACAGCGCACACUUUUAUUUAAAAAAAAAGUUGUUGAUCAGUAACAGAAAAAUAAGUCCCCGUAUGGAAAGUCUCAUCUGUAGCACCAUGAAAUGAGCCCACACAAGCUCAAUAACUCAAUGCAUCCACACACUCCUACUGAAUAGGGAUUCACCUGGAUUUUGAAUAGGCCUAGGCUACACCUUUUGUUUAUCAAUAGAUCAAGAUUUACCAUCCAAAUAAAUUAGGACCAUAAUAUUAUGUAGUCAAAUUGAUUGUAUAAUUGAUUCAUUAAUCCAUACAUGGCUGUCUCUCUGGGAAAAAUUGUCAUCAAACAUUUAAAAUGUAUUGAACUCAAAAGAUCUGUCUGGAUCAAGUGCCAUUCUAUGACUUUGGCUAAUUCACCUUCUCCUUUUCCCGUGGUAUCGUUUUAGUAUUGAGUAUUGUGAUGGCACCGUGGUUCUUCCUGUAAAAGUUGCGUCAUACUGCAGCACACCUUUUAAGGCUGCCGCAGAAUUCUAUGGCACGGUAUUUAAUUGUCAGCCAUUGUUACCAUUAAUGCUAGUUAGUGCUAGUUUGACCACUAGAGGGCAUCUUUGAGAAGCAUUUGACAAGCCUUCAAUAGUGGUUGUACUAGAGAAUUGAAAACCUUUUUUUUUGUAAGAACAUAGUAUAUGGGAUUGAUUUUAAGAAAUGUAGCUUAAUUAUUUUGAUUAAUAUUAUAGUGUUUCUAUUCCAAGAAAAACAAAACCCUCAGAGUUUCCGUUAGGAAAAUAUGGCGCUGUACAACGUAAUGGUCGGGAGUAGGCUACAGUGCUAAGAGCAUAACAUUUCCACACCAUAAUUGUAGUCUAACCAACACUCAAACGGAGAUUCAGUGAAAAUAAAAAUCUCAUUGAUUUAUCAAGACCAGUCCCCAUGCUUGUCUCAGAGCAGUGUGAAACGAUGCUGAAAUAGUUGACCACUUCAAUAUGCUCUUUAAAUAAAUAAGACCUACACCACUUUUAACAGCACAUUACUCAACACUAGUGAGACGCAUGUCGCCUAAGGUAGUCCUACUUUUAUAUAAUUUUAUAUAAUUCUAAUUCUAAAUUAAUUAAUGAUAAUAAUAAUAAUCGCUUUGUUUAAAAAAAAUAACCCUAUUUUGGAGAUUAUUUUGAUUUAAAAUAACCUAGAGUGAGUGAGAAAAAGGCCAUUCUUCAACAUGGACUGGGACAUUAUUACUAAUUUGUAAAUAAAGGCAGUUUGUUAUUUAGAAUGAUUUCUUUCUGUUUUUAGAGGGAGAGAAACCAAAAGCCCACCGUCGCCUCGUGGGUCUCCCGGUCGCGGCUGGCACGGGUAUCAGACCAGCAUCUGUAGCAAUGCAGUUUGCAUUGUAUUAUACUGUGAUACUAAUCCUGGUAUCGUGACAACACUAGUAUAGAGGUUACCAAUGCCCAAAUGCCUGAAGUAUUAUCUGAAUGCCUGUAUUUGUAUCUGAAUGCCUGUAUUUGUAUCUGAAUGCCAGUAUUUGUAUCUGAAUGCCUGUAUUUGUAUCUGAAUGCCUGUAUUUGUAUCUGAAUGCCUGUAUUUGUAUCUGAAUGCCUGUAUUUGUAUCUGAAUGCCUGUAUUUGUAUCUGAAUGCCUGAAGUUUUAUCUGAAUGCCUGUAUUUGUAUCUGAAUGCCUGUAUUUGUAUCUGAAUGCCUGUAUUUGUAUCUGAAUGCCUGUAUUUGUAUCUGAAUGCCUGUAUUUGUAUCUGAAUGCCUGUAUUUGUAUCUGAAUGCCUGUAUUUGUAUCUGAAUGCCUGUAUUUGUAUCUGAAUGCCAGUAUUUGUAUCUGAAUGCCAGUAUUUGUAUCUGAAUGCCUGUAUUUGUAUCUGAAUGCCUGUAUUUGUAUGUUAUUAACUAUUCUGUCAUUGUGUUGCAGAGGAAGCCUGUUAAAAGGAGGCCUCCUCCGUGCUUCCUGCAGCUUCACGACGUGAAACAUGACCACGGGGAACUGGAGAAACCCAGCAUCGUCUCUCCACACCCCCCCAAAUCCAAGAUGAAGACCUCCAAGAGUUCCCCCCUCAUCGAGAAGCUGCAGGCAAACCUAACCCUGUCGCCCACCUCUCUGCUACCCUCGCCCAAGAGUCCCGAGGUGAAGCUGGCGCCGACGCCCAUCUCCCCUGCAACCCAUUGCUUCUUUCCCACAAGCCCCUGCAGCCCGACCCUGAGGCCUCAGCUGUCCAGUGAGGAGGAGGAGCCGGUAUGCUUUGAGAGCCCGGCGGAGGGGACCCCAUUACUCAGCUUCAACAAGAGUCGAGUUCGGCUGUCCUUCAAGAGGCGUCCGCCCACACGGCAGCACCGGCAGUCGUGUGUCGAGGAGGGCGUAGUCUCCGAGGGAGGGGUUGUGUCCCAAGGUAACCAAGACGUCCCCCAGGUGAACGGGGCCGAGGACCAGGUGUUUGAGCAGACAGAGGAGGGCGGGGAGAGGGGCGAGGAGACCCAGGGAAGCCCCCCGUCUCACCCAGACACUCUGACAGAGACUGGAGACAAUGACAGGGACAGAGAACAGGCCAAAGAGGACAACGUUCUGGAGGAGGAGACAGGAGAGGCAGCCCCAGCCACCCAGGAUAGGAAGAAGGAAGCUGGGGAACAGGCGCUAGGUGAGCCCCAGGCUUCAGAUUCUCUGGAGGCCAUAGAGGAGGAAGAAGGGUCUUGUUGCUCUUAUGGAACAAAAGGAGACAACAAGCAAACAGACGAACAGGAGGAUUCAGCUCAGCCUCGGGAGAGGGAUGAAAACCUCUGAACAAUGUUCACAAAUCACUGUUGAAGAAAUCAUACAAUCAGUCACUGGGUGAGUCCCACGUGGCACCCUACUGCUUAAUAGUGCACUACUUUUGACCAGAGACCUGGUUAAAAGUAGUGCACAAAAAAGGAAUAGGGGUGUCAUUUGGGAUGCAUCCUCAUUAAUUUUGAAACUAGCUUGUCUUCUAAGAACCCUCGUUGGACAUUCUGUAUCCUGCAUAAUCUUGGUUCCCAGAACUAAAUCUUUCCUUGCUUCACCUGUCACAUUGAAUUGUGUCUGUUAGCAGUGUAUAGACAAUCCUCUGCAUAGCUUUGUGUUCUAUCAGAUACUGUUGGAGGUGAUACUUUCUUGUUUCUGCAGCAGUUUGAAGUAAUAAUUAUCUUUAUAGUAUUUGGCCCAGGUGUCUCACCUCUCCUGGUCACCUCUCCUGGUCACCUCUCACCUCUCCUGGUCACCUCUCACCUCUCCUGGUCACCUCUCAUCUCUCCUGGUCACCUCUCAUCUCUCCUGGUCACCUCUCACCUCUCCUGGUCACCUCUCCUGGUCAGCUCUCCUGGUCACCUCUCACCUCUCCUGGUCACCUCUCACCUCUCCUGGUCACCUCUCACCUCUGCUGGUCACCUCUCACCUCUCCUGGUCACCUCUCCUGGUCAGCUCUCCUGGUCAGCUCUCACCUCUCCUGGUCACCUCUCACCUCUCCUGGUCACCUCUCACCUCUCCUGGUUACCUCUCAUCUCUCCUGGUUACCUCUCAUCUCUCCUGGUUUCCUCUCACCUCUCCUGGUCACCUCUCACCUCUCCUGGUCACCUCUCAUCUCUCCUGGUCACCUCUCCUGGUCACCUCUCCUGGUCAGCUCUCCUGGUCAGCUCUCACCUCUCCUGGUCACCUCUCACCUCUCCUGGUCACCUCUCACCUCUCCUGGUCACCUCUCAUCUCUCCUGGUCACCUCUCCUGGUCACCUCUCCUGGUCACCUCUCCUGGUCACCUCUCCUGGUCAACUCUCACCUCUCCUGGUCACCUCUCACCUCUCCUGGUCACCUCUCACCUCUCCUGGUCACCUCUCACCUCUCCUGGUCACCUCUCAUCUCUCCUGGUCACCUCUCCUGGUCACCUCUCCUGGUCAGCUCUCACCUCUCCUGGUCACCUGUCACCUCUCCUGGUCACCUCUCCUGGUCACCUCUCACCUCUCCUGGUCACCUCUCAUCUCUCCUGGUAACCUCUCACCUCUCCUGGUCACCUGUCACCUCUCCUGGUCACCUCUCCUGGUCACCUCUCCUGGUCACCUCUCCUGGUCACCUCUCACCUCUCCUGGUCACCUCUCACCUCUCCUGGUCACCUGUCACCUCUCCUGGUCACCUCUCACCUCUCCUGGUCACCUGUCACCUCUCCUGGUCACCUCUCCUGGUCACCCAUCUGUCACCUCUCCUGGUCACCUCUCCUGGUCACCUCUCCUGGUCACCUCUCACCUCUCCUGGACACAUCAACCUCAGUGGAGACAGUAAAACAGUACGCGUCACCUAUCUAUCUGAUGCUGCUGUCGGAGCAAAAAGAGUAGGACUUCUUUCGAAGGACAAUUAUGAAACAUUUCAUUUUCUUUUUUCAUUGUUCACCUUUUUGGGGAAGCAUUGCUUCAUUUGGCAUCCAUGAAUACACAGAUGUCUCUUUCCAUGUGCGCAGCCUGCAGGUAGCCUACUCUUUUAAAGUGAUUUGUUUGACAAUCAGAUAGUUGUGUUCAUGCCAUAUUAAAAUGUCAUACUUAAAAAAAUUAAAAAAUGUUUUUUUUUUUAACCUU